UUGGGUGCUGAAGGCUAAGGCCGCUCGUUGCUGGCGGACCCGAGCUUCCUCCGGGGGGUGAGAGGAGAUAAAAUGGCCGCUGUGAGGCCGCCUUGGCCUAUCUCCCGUCGCCGAAGCCCUCUUCUUUUACGGACGGGGAGGUGAAGGCGCCCCCGGAGGGGCGCUGUUUGCGGAGACCCGCUUCGGGUUGAGGGAGGACCAUGGGCUCUCAGACGCUGCAGAUCCUCCGCCAGGGAGUCUGGGCUUCCAUCACCGGGGGCUGGUAUUAUGACCCCCACCAGAGCACCUUCGUCAACACCCUGCAUCUCUAUAUCUGGCUUUUCCUGCUCUGCUUCCCGUUCACCCUGUACAUGGCACUCCCGUCUUCUCUGGUGAUCGUGGCCGUCUACUGCCCGGUGGUAGCUGCCGUCUUCAUUGUCUUGAAGCUGGUGAACUAUCGCUUACACAGGGCUCUGGAUGAAGGAGAGAUUGUAGAGAGGAGCGCCAGUGAGUUGACGGAGAGAGUGGCAAAGGCCGAACGGAGUGACAGCUCUGCCAGAAGAGAAGACAGCAAUGGACCUGGUGACCCUGGCGGAGGAAUCGAGAUGUCCGAGUUCGUACGAGAAGCAACUCCUCCUGUUGGAUGCAGUUCGCGGAAUUCCUACUCCGGGUUGGACCCAAGCAAUCAUGUUGGAAUGGCUAGAUAUGGAGCAGCAUCGACCAGCAAAGGGGAUACAGAUGCUGCAAAGACCUCAGAUGAUAUCAGUCUGAGCCUUGGCCAGAGCUAUAGUUUGUGCAAAGAAGGAAUGGAAGACCAAGAUUUGUCUGUGGAUCAGAAGCUUUUCCGCCUGAUAUCCAAUGACUCCUUUGUCUCCAUUCAACCUUCGAUUUCGUCUGGGGGCAGGGACUUCGUGAGAGACUACAGCGACAAAGUCCCCACGCACGGUCACCAUCACCAUCUGGAUCACUCUCUGUCCAGCGCCUGCGACACGGAAAUGGCUUCGCUGGUCCCGUUGCAUUCGCAUUCGUACAGGAAAGAGCAUAGACCGAGGGGCGUCCCGAGGACAUCGAGCUCUGCCGUGGCUUUCCCAGACACGUCCCUCACUGACUUUACGCUCUAUCAGCAAAGGCGCGGGCUGGAUCCUGUGAGUGAACUUGAAGCUUCCAAACCACAUUCUGGGUCCAAAGAUUCUUUAGUAGAUAACGCUUGUGCUUCAGGGAUUUUUCAGUUAGACUGCCUCAAAAGCAAAGGAUCCCAGCAGCUUUCGCGAAACGGCAGCGCCAGACACAUCAAGUCCGACAAAAGCAUGGACAGCUUGCGGAGCCUCAGCACGAGGAGCAGCGGAUCCACGGAAAGCUACUGCAGCGGAACGGACAGGGACACCAAUAGCACCAUCAGUAGCUAUAAGAGCGAGCAGACGAGCUCAACUCACGUGGAGAGCAUUUUAUCCGAACACGAAGAGGCCUCGGCUGCAAAGAGAAGCCAUUGCAGCGACCCCGAGGAGGAGCGUAGCUCGGGUACAGAUAAAAGGACUAGUAGCGUGAGGACUGCUGUAGAAAGAAAUACCGCUCAGGAAGCCAAGGAUGCCAACACGUCCGACGAUGUGCAGAGUCCAAGAGGUCUUAGCUCAUCUGCAUCAGAAGAAGCUAACAAGAACCCUCAUGCGAAUGAAUUAACUGCGCAGGCUGACUGGCUACCUGGGAAACUUACCGUCAAUCUAGAUGACCCCAUCGAGAAACCCGUCAUUUUAGUGGACUUGAGGUCUUUCAAAGAAACGGGUAUUAAACAACGUGAUAGCGACGUACGGCCCAAAUCAUCAAGUUUAAUACACCGGACCUCCUCGGCCCAUAAGUCAUGCCGUAGACGGACUGGUAAAAAACGAGCCAGCAGUUUCGAUGCCAGUAGACACAAAGAAUACGUUUCCUUUCAAGGCAUAGCUGAUACCAAACCUCGCAGCACUGGCUUUUGUCACGACGAUGACUCUAGCGACCAAAGCGACUUGAGCAGGACCUCAAGCGUGCAGUCGGCCCACCGUUUCAGCAGCGACAGCUCUUCCAGCACUACUUCCCAUUCAUGCCAGUCUCCCGAGGCCAGAUACAGUGCCCUGAGGACGAAAUAUCACAUCCGAGAACGCGGCACGGAUUCCAGACGGUCCCACUUAAGUUGCGAAGGCGCUGGCAAAAAACGCUCCGCCCGCAGGACUUCCAGCGCAGGCGGUACAAAGAGUCGCGCCAGAGUAUUAAGCCUGGACAGCGGCACCGUGGUUAAUUUGGGGGAUGCCAAUCGGCUGGCGGCUCCUGAGAGCAUCAAACCGUUAACGACGUCCAAAUCUGACCUCGAGGCCAAAGAGGGGGAAGUGCUAGAUCAGCUGUCCUUGUUAGGGCGAGCUUCUCAGUUAGAAUGCGUCACUCGGUCGAGAAAUAGUUUGCCCAGUCAGGUUACGUUUCAGGACGUGGAAGAGAGAGAAGCGAUCAUUGGAGCACACGCCAGUGAGGAGACAGUAACAUCCCGCCGCGAACGCAGCACAUUUAGGCGCCAGGCGGUCCGGCGCCGGCACAAUGCCGGGAGUAACCCCACUCCUCCCGCCUCGCUCAUCGGAUCGCCCCUCAGCCUUCAAGAUGGUCACCAAGGCCACCAGUCAUCAACCCAGGUCAAAGUCCAGUCCCGUCCCCCUUCCCAGGCUGCAGUGCUCAGCGCUAGCGCCUCCUUGCUGGUGAGAAAUGGGAGUGUCCACUUAGAAGCGUCACAUGACAAUGCAUCUGCCGUAGGCAAUAGCAGUUUGCACGAUGAACUUGGUAUGCAGGCCUUAUGUAACCUUGGGGACAUGGAAGUUUUAAUGCAGCACAUUUUGGGUAAAUUCACUCCGUCUCUGUAUGAAGCCGGUGGCUGUGACAUGUCACUGGUGAACUUUGAGCCCGCUGCAAGGAGGACCUCGAAUAACCUCUGUGACACGGAUUCCCAUGUUUCAAGUUCUACCUCAGUUCGAUUUUACCCCCAUGAUCUACUCACUCUUCCCCAGAUCCGAUUAAACCGGCUGCUGACCAUAGAUACGGACCUGCUGGAGCAGCAGGAUAUUGACUUGAGCCCCGACCUGCAGGACCAGAUGCAACCGCAGGAGCAGGCGGCUCACAAAGUAAAACACUACUACCGUUUGUGGAUCCUGCCCCAGCUGUGGGUCGGCAUCAACUUCGACAGGCUUACACUCUUGGCCUUGUUCGACAGGAACCGAGAGGUCCUUGAAAACGUGUUGGCAGUCAUCCUUGCAAUUCUGGUUGCCUUUUUGGGCUCUGUUCUUCUCAUAGAAGGCUUCUUCAAAGAUAUCUGGGUCUUCCAGUUUUGUCUUGUUAUAGCCAGCUGUCAGUACUCUCUCCUUAAGAGUGUUCAGCCAGAUUCUUCUUCCCCUAGACAUGGCCAUAACCGCAUCAUAGCCUAUAGUAGGCCUGUUUACUUCUGUGCCUGUUGUGGCCUUAUUUGGUUACUGGAUUAUGGAAGCAAAAACCUGACGACAACCAAAUACAAGUUAUAUGGAAUGGCCUUCACCAACCCUCUGCUCCUCAUCUCAGCCAGGGAUUUAGUCAUCGUGUUCACGCUUUGUUUCCCAGUCGUGUUUUUUAUCGGUCUUCUGCCUCAGGUGAACACGUUCGUCAUGUACCUGUGUGAACAAGUGGAUAUACACGUGUUUGGUGGAAAUGCCACCACCAGUUUGCUUGCAGCACUUUACAGCUUUAUCCGCAGCGUCGUGGCUGUCGCUUUGCUUUAUGGACUGUGUUACGGUGCCCUUAAGGAUCCUUGGGACGCCCAGCACAUUCCCGUAUUAUUCUCUAUUUUCUGUGGUGUGUUAGUGGCGGUUUCCUACCAUCUCAGCCGACAGAGUAGCGAUCCCUCUGUCCUCAUCUCAUUGGUACAGUCAAAGAUUUUUCCAAACAAUGAAGAUAAAAAUCCAGAGGAUCCGCUAUCGGAAGUGAAGGAUCCUCUUCCAGAGAAACUGAGAAAUUCUGUUAAUGAACGGCUUCAGUCUGACCUGGUGGUCUGCAUAGUAAUCGCAGUGCUGUACUUUGCCAUCCAUGUCAGCACCGUGUUUACAGCAUUACAGCCGGUUCUUAGUUACGUACUGUAUGCACUUGUUGGUUCGGUUGGAUUAUUAACGCAUUAUAUCCUGCCGCAAGUACGCAAGCAACUUCCUUGGCACUGCUUCUCUCACCCGCUGCUAAAAACUAAAGAAUAUUAUCAGUUCGAAGUCCGAAAUGCUGCUCACAUGAUGUGGUUUGAAAAGGCUCAUGUCUGGCUGCUGUUUGUGGAAAAGAAUAUCAUCUACCCAUUGAUCGUUCUCAAUGAGCUCAGCAAUGGUGCGAAGGACAUAGCCAGCCCUAAAAAGCUGAAUGCAGAGAUUGGUGCGUUACUGAUCACUAUUGCUGGGAUGAAGCUGCUCAGGUCCUCUUACAGCAGCCCCACGUGCCAGUAUGCCACGGUCAUCUUCACCGUCCUCUUCUUUACGUUUGAUUACAAAGACUGCUCCGAAAAACUGCUGCUAGAUCUGUUCUUUAUGUCUAUCCUCUUCAGCAAGCUGUGGGAACUGUUCUACAAGCUGCGGUUUGUCUACACCUACAUCGCUCCUUGGCAGAUCACCUGGGGAUCAGCGUUCCAUGCCUUUGCCCAACCUUUUGCUGUACCUCAUUCUGCAAUGUUGUUUGUCCAGGCCAUUGUGUCCGCUUUAUUCUCUACUCCCCUCAAUCCGUUCCUCGGAAGUGCAAUAUUCAUCACGUCGUAUGUACGGCCCGUCAAGUUCUGGGAAAGAGACUACAAUACAAAGCGUGUGGAUCAUUCCAACACAAGACUUGCCUCUCAACUUGACCGAAAUCCAGGAUCCGAUGACAACAACCUAAAUUCUAUAUUUUACGAGCACCUGACACGCUCCUUGCAGCACAGCCUGUGCGGAGAUCUUUUGCUCGGCCGCUGGGGAAAUUACAAUACCGGAGACUGCUUCAUCCUGGCCUCGGACUAUCUGAACGCCUUGGUUCACCUCAUCGAGAUCGGCAAUGGGCUUGUCACCUUUCAGCUGAGGGGCCUGGAGUUCAGAGGAACCUAUUGCCAGCAGCGUGAAGUGGAGGCGAUCACUGAAGGCGUAGAAGAAGAUGAAGGCUUCUGUUGCUGCGAGCCUGGGCAUAUCCCUCACAUGCUGUCGUUUAACGCUGCUUUCGGCCAGCGCUGGCUGGCGUGGGAAGUCCUCGUUACGAAGUACGUGCUGGAGGGUUACAGCAUCACAGAUAACAGCGCCGCGUCUAUGCUCCAAGUGUUCGACCUCCGGCGAAUCCUCACCACUUACUACGUAAAGGGCAUUAUCUACUACGUGACCACAUCUGCGAAGCUAGAGGAGUGGCUGGCAAAUGAAACUAUGCAGGAAGGCCUCCGGCCAUGCUCUGACCACUGCUACGUGGAUGUAGACCCUACCUUUAACCCAAAUAUCGAUGAAGACUAUGACCUUCGCUUGGCUGGGAUUUCCCGGGAGAGCUUUUGCGCCAGUUACCUUAACUGGAUCAAGUAUUGCUCUUCCCGGCGAGAGAAGGCCAUUGACGCGGAGAAGGAUUCCCCCUUGGUGACGCUCUGCUACGGUCUCUGCAUUCUCGGGAGGAGAGCCCUGGGAACUGCUUCUCAUCACAUGUCCAGUAAUCUGGAGUCCUUCCUGUACGGUCUGCAUGCCUUGUUUAAAGGGGAUUUCCGAAUCUCCUCCAUCCGCGAUGAAUGGAUCUUUGCCGACAUGGAGUUAUUGAGAAAAGUGGUUGUCCCCGGCAUCCGAAUGUCUCUAAAACUUCAUCAGGACCACUUCACAUCUCCCGAUGAGUACGAAGACCCUGCCGUCUUGUACGAAGCCAUCAUGUCCCACGAGCAGAAUCUAGUGAUUGCACACGAAGGCGACCCGGCAUGGAGGAGCGCCGUCCUUUCCAACUCUGCCUCGCUGCUUGCUUUACGCCACGUCAUGGAUGACGGAACCAACGAGUACAAGAUCAUCAUGUUAAAUAAACGCUAUCUGAGUUUCAGAGUUAUUAAGGUGAAUAAGGAGUGCGUGCGCGGGUUGUGGGCAGGCCAGCAACAAGAACUGGUUUUCCUUCGCAACAGAAACCCGGAGAGAGGAAGCAUCCAAAAUGCUAAGCAGGCCCUCAGGAAUAUGAUCAACUCCUCGUGUGACCAGCCGAUCGGCUACCCAAUCUAUGUGUCCCCGCUGACCACAUCCUAUUCCGACACCCACGACCAGCUCAAGGAGAUUCAAGGGGGGGCAAUAAGUUUGGCAAAUAUCAGGAACUUCAUUGUGUCUACGUGGCACAGGUUGAGGAAAGGUUGCGGCGCUGGAUGUAAUAGUGGCGGAAACAUUGAAGACUCUGAUGCUGGAGGCGGGACCUCCAUAAACAGCAACAACCCACCCAACGCAAAUGAUGCCCCGAGCAGUGCGUCACAAGGGGGUGUCCCGGGUGGGACAGGCCAUGUCCACGCGUCGCGGCUCCAGCCACCUGGACUGCCUCACCCAGCAACACUAGGAACCAGCCACAGUUCCCACUCCAUGCAGUCAAGCCUCGUCCGACAUUCCCCUGCUCGCGGCUCAGUAGCCAGUCAUUCGUCUUACUGCUACAACAGCCGCCACUCGUCGCUCCGGACCUCUACCACGGGAUUUGUGCCUUGUCGGCGCUCUUCUACUAGCCAGAUAUCUCUUCGAAACCUCCCCACAUCCAUUCAGUCCCGUUUGUCCAUGGUGAACCAAACCGACCCGACCGGCCAGUCGGUCGUGGUUGGCCUUCCUUCCUCCAGCAGCUCGAGCCAGAGCAUCCCUGCGUGCAAGAGACACACCUUGGUAGGGUUUUUGGGAACAGAAGCGGGAAAUAGCCUCAUCGAAACACAAUCCUGCGGCAGUUCAAGUCCAGCAACCCAUUCAAGAGCCAAAAAGGAAGACGUUGUAUAUAGAGUCCAGAUUGUGGAUCCGAGCCAGGUGCUUGAAGGAGUCAAUAUAUCCAAACGGAAAGAGCUGCAGUGGCCAGAUGAGCUCGUGCGGCUAAAAGCUGGGAAAAACAGCUGGAAGGACUGGAGCCCUCAGGAAGGCAUGGAAGGCCAUGUAAUUCACCGCUGGGUGCCUUGCAGCAGAGACCCUUGUAAUAGGUCCCACAUUGACAAAACAAUCCUGCUGAUUAAGAUUGAGGACAAAUAUGUUGCUGUGGUAGAAACUGGCGUGCUAGAACUCGGUGCAGAGGUUUGAGGCUGCCAUUCAGUCAUCUUUUCAAGGAGAAAACUGAACUUAUACCCUGUUUUUUUUUUUUUUUUUUUUUUUUUUUAAUGUUUUUGGAGAGUUCAAGACGGACGGGGCUUUGAUGAAGCUCGCUUUAGCGAAAUCUUUUUUUGGGAGUCAGGAGGAUGCGUAACACGCUGCAAAACAUCGUGUUUCGCUCACAAUUCUAGGAAUAAAAGGUUUCAAAGAAAAUAAACUUUACGCAUUAUAUGUUUUAGAAGGAAAAAAAAAACAAAUAUAUUGCUAUGCAUUUCAUAUGCUUUAAGUCAAAAACAUAUUGUACUUUCUCAGUUCAAAAUAUGGUCUUCAUAUUUUUUUCUAAUUUAUUUGCCAAAAAAAAUUGCCAUGUUACUUCACUUCUAGCAUGUCGUGUUGUUUUCCUGAUGUACAGUUAUUUUUAUCCUUUUAUUUUUCCUUUUCUGAGAACAGUAAAUGUUUUAUAAACAG